AUUUCUUUCGUAUGUAUAAUCUACAUGCAUCUCAAUUUCUCUUCCUUAUUUAAAUUUAUGCCUUUGAAUAUACGCUCGUUUCAAUAAAUGUUGGAUUGAUGACAGUGAUUCAGAAACCAAAUAAUGGGAAUCUUUAAGUUGAUUAUGCAUGCCACUGUCACAUGGCUUAUUGUGUGCAAAACAGCAAAAGGGAGUGGUAUAGAUUGUACUGUGGAUUGUGCAUGUUGCAUAGACAGAAAAUGUGGAGCAGGUCAUUUUUUUCAAAACGAAUGUAAGCUAGGCUGUAUCGAUGGCUAUAGUGGUGCUCGCUGUUAUGAAAAAUGUAUACACAACUGUACAAAAUGUGAUAACUUUGAAGAUACAGAAAACUGCACUGCGUGUUAUGAUGGAUAUUAUCUUGGUCCUGCUAGAGACUGCACAUCACAAUGUUUACCUGGAUGUAAAACAUGCACGUCAGGUACCACGUGUACAUCAUGCAAGGAGGGAUAUUAUAAUGACAAUGGUCACAAAGACUGUCGCUAUCGUUACUGUUCUGAAAGUUGUAAUUGUGAAAAUAAUCAGUGUGUGUCAUGUAAGGACGGUUAUUACGAUACCAGUAUUAAUUGUUAUAGCUUAUGUCCAGGUAACUGUGUCAAUUGUUCAGCUUAUACUGAUUGUGGAUCGUGUAAGGAUGGGUAUUUUAAAGGUUACAAGAAUAACAACAUAAGUUUUCCUUUGUUAAACGACUGUACAUACAAAUGUCAAGAUAACUGUAUACGAUGCUCAUCCUAUGACAGUUGCUCAGUUUGUAAAUCCGGCCUCUAUGGAUCAUAUUGUAAGAAAAAUUGCUCAGCUGGUUGUAUAAAUACUUGUCAUAUUUUAACUGGAAACUGUGACUGUUUUCCUAAUUUCGCUGGGGAAAGAUGUGAUAGAUGCAAAGCCGGUAAAUACGGAAAUAUGUGUAAUCAACAAUGCUCUGCGGGAUGUAAAGCAGACGUUUGUGAUAAAGAUUCCGGAGAUUGCACGGACGGAUGUGUUAUAGAUAUAAUCACUGGUGAUAAAUGCGACGUAUGUUCAGCAGCCUUAGAACAAUCAAACCAGUUACCAACAAAGACAUUCGCUGCACUUGGAACAAUUCUGGUUUUGUCUAUAAUUGGUAAUAUCGUACUUUUGGUGAUCUUAGUUCGUCUAAUACGUCGAAUCAGGGUUUUUGAUAAUGACAACACGACAGAACAGCAUUAUGAAAACACUGGUAUCAAACUGGAAAUAGGACAUUCGGUAAAUGUUAUUAACACUUCCAGCCAAGCAAUAGCUUCUGACAGAGAUAGUUUUGGAAAGGCGGAUGAUUAUGAGCCAGUAACUGUUGGAAGUAUUAGAGAUAGUUAGAUUAAUCUUAACAUUAAACAUUGAUAUUAUAUGUACAUUAUCUGUAUGGACUUGAUAUUUAAGAGUAGAGCAAUUAUUGUAUAGCUUAAUAAUAAUCUCUGUUCCCGAGAGUAAUACCAAUGAUUAUUUUAGUCGUACUUUAAGUAGCAGAAGAUACAUAUGGACAUUUCCGACCACAUCAUUGAUUGUAUUAAUGAAUGAUUUAUACAAAAAUUUGAUAUGACAUUUCAAUCGAAUAUAAAGCAGUUAUCCAUGCUAUAAUUCCUCAUAUUCAACUUUGUUUUAUUUGCCUUUAUUUUAUGAUAAUUUCUAAUAAGCAACUGUAAACAAAAACGGGUAAGCAAUUAAAACAAAUAACAAUACAAUUAAAAUAUUCUUCAAAUGAAGGUAUUUUAAAUUAAUUAAAAUGAAUGUAAUAUAGGUUACGUUGUCAAAAGUACGUUUGCAAUUUAAGUAAAUCAUAUGUUACCAAUGGUUUGCACACCAAAUGUACCAUUAACAUUUCACUAUGUUUUUGUAAACAAAAUACAAUUGUGUUCAAUACUAAGGACUUUAGCAAUGCGAAAUUAGCCAUUUUGUCAUAUGAAUCGUAUAUUGUAGGCAAAUUAAUUUCUCAGAAAAUGUUUCUAUAGCUUUUGUUGUACAUGACAACAUGAUUUUUCUAUUUUCUUUUAUCAUUUUGUAUAUCAAAUCAUUUUUUUUAUAAUAAAUUAUAUUUCUUGGGCAGGAAUUUUAUUCCUAGUCAUCGACAUGAGUACCAGUACUGAAAAUGUACAUUACUAAACAUCUACUUUUUGUAAAAAUAAUUGUUUAGCUUAAAUGUGAAAACUUUUAUAAUGUUUCACCUUGGAUAGACAUUUUUAUAUAUAGUUUUGAUAAUAAAAUGGUUAAUGUAUAAUAAAUUUAAUCCCACUAUUUGUUUAUUUUAUCAUAUUUUGUUAUAUACUUUUUUCCUUUAUUACCAAUAAUGUUUGUCUGGAAACAUUUUAUUGUGCACCGAUAAGACUGGAAACUGGGAGGCCUGAAAAUCUGUCAGUACAUGAAGGAACUUGUUUUUACUCUAUUGAUAUGGUAGAAGGUGAGAUAUGUGCUAUGCUAUAUUGUACGCUCUCUAUAUAUACAAUUCAGACCGCCAAAUGAAAUGCUUUAUAAAUAGUCUUUAAGAUACAUUAGUAGAAAUAUGUAGAAAAAUGAAUCACAG